AUGGCCAAAGAUAUUCUCGAUCAGUAUCUCAAGCUCAAGGAUUUGACAGGGGAAGUGGCAAAGAUCCCCAUUCACGACCUAGAACCGAUACACAAGAAUGAGCUUCAAAAACAGAUUCAAGCAGUCUCGCGCUCUGUUUCAGAGUUGGUCAACGAACUCAAGGAUGAAACAAAGAAACCGAAGGGGAGGUUCCGUGCCUUGGUGUCAGCCAUUGGAGAUCGAACUGUCUUAUUAGAGCGCCAAGAGGAAGCCGAAAAGCUCUACGCUUCUCUUGAUAAAGUAAGGACGGAAUUGCACGGGGUGAGAGAGACGCGCAGACAAGGAUCGCGCGUAGUUGGUGAGAUACGCUCACAUGCACCGGUAGCCGACGUGUUCAAGCCCAGCUUCGGAGGUGAAUUCAACUCUCCUACAGUGCUCGUUGAUUUGGACUCUGCCGGCGGCGGCGUUGUUCCUAACACAGUAGAGGGAAGGCUAAAGGCGGCUGUACUGAGCAACGGAACAACUUCGCAUGUAGGGGCAACGGCAGUUGGACAAGCCGGCGUCGGAAAAACAUGCGCCCUACGAGCAAUUGCACAUGAUAGAGAGGUUGUCGCGCGCUUUCCGGACGGAGUGUAUUUUUCAACGCUAGGGCAAGACGCAAGAGAAGCAGAGCUGAAACAACGACUCUGCAAUGCUGUCCGCAUCUCUGGGGGACAUGAAAAAGGGGACAAGCUGUCUAACCUGGCCGACCUGGAGGAGGUGCUAACAGGAGUUAAAAGUUGGUUUGCAGAUCGUCGAUGCCUGUUCAUCUUUGAUGAUGUAUGGUCGCGCAACAACAAUGACGAGAGGAUCCUGCUAAAACUUUCCACCCUUGCCAGCACCGCAGUGCGAAGUGGUGAGCCAGCGAGCAGGGUUUUGUACUCCACAAGAGAUCCGGAUCUAACAGAUCUGGGCGAGCAGGUUAAGUUUGAGCCGAGAAAAGGGCGUAAUGCGUACGACAUGCUGAUCCAUGCGAGUGGAGCAUCGCGUGGUGAAGUAGAAGAUCCAAUUUCGAGAGAGGCGAUUGGCGAGAUUCUUGACAUGUGUGCGGGACUACCACUGGCUCUGAAUGUAGCAGGAGUCACUGUCAAACGAUCAAGAGACGCUCAAAUCGAGGACAGACCAGAUUUGUGGACGUGGUACCUGGAAACGAUCAAAGAGAGUAAAGGGAGCGGGGGAAUCGGCGCGCAGGAAGCAAGGGGCGGGUACGAAUCGCUCCACGCAAUGUUGCGCUCGUCUUUACAGUUUCUGGACUCACGUGGCAGCGAAGGAUUUCCGCGUUUCGCGGAUAUGCACCGCGCAUUGUGUGUCAUGAAGAAACAGGAUGUAAUCCCUGUGGCAGUGUUGAAGCAUCUAUGGGGAACGCGCGAUGUGAACAUCGCAAAAAAGUAUGCGACGCAGAUGAACAGCGUGGGGUUGGUUGACAUUCGAGUUCUGUCGAACACUAAGAGCCAAGUGGUAAGUCUUCAUGAUUUGACGCACGAUUUCGCAGUCUUUGAAGCAGACCAGGUUGAAGACUUCAACUGGGACAAGCACUGCUGUCGGAAGCUGGUUGAUAACUAUCGGAAAGAGAAGGAUGUGGUCGAAAUAGUUGUUGAAGAUCAGGGCCCCGAGGCUAGCACGGCGGAGGAGGGAUAUUUUUUCGAGAAUAUUUGUCGACUGCUUUUCAGGGCAGAGCUGAUGGAAGAGCUGAGCUGUUUGCUUCGUAGUAGUAGGUGGACAAUCAAGGUGUUGCUAAGAAAAGCUGUGUGGCAACUGGUGGAAGCGGUGGGAGAGUUGAGGGAGGUUGUUAGUCAGAAACCAGAAUUGAUUGGAAGUGAGCAGUUAUCUGCAAUAAUUCUGGUGAUGCAAGCUGCGCGGCUGACUGCAUCGUCUUGCGAUGAGAGCGUUGCCGGUAUCUGCUUUCAGCUUUACAGUAGGACAAUGCACAAACGACACGUGAAGAGCGUGGAGAGUUUCUUGUUAGAGAUCGAGAGGUUUGCGCCCAGACCGUGGUUGUUCCCAAUUCGUCCAUGUCUAACUGCAGCUGGGGGGAAUUUGUUGGAGACAUUCGACACGCCUGAUUCAAAAGUUCAGAAGGUGACGUUCGAUACGAGCGGUGCAGUCGUUGGAUUAGCGUACGAGGAGUGGGGCGAAAGGGAGUUGGAAAUAUUCACGGGUACCAAACACGGGUCAUUUGACAAAACUAUUUGCGGCCCUUUCGGAUCAGAAGACGUCACGUCUCGCGUCACAGCUGCUUGUAUUUCCAAAGAUAGCAGCCGUGCUGUUAUUGGAUUCAGCAAUGGGGAAUUGAUUACUUGGUGCACCAGGAAAAACGAGCUUGUUCCAUCUUUCGAGGGCCAUUCCGCUGGGAUAUCCGCUGUAGUGAUAAGUAGUGACGGGAAACGAGUUGCGUCGGGGUCAGGUGACAAGACGGUGCGAGUAUGGGACGCUGAGACGGGAGUUCAAAUCGGCGAGACGAUGACCGGACACACAGAUUCGGUGAGGAGUGUGUCGAUGAGUGGGGACGGGAAACGAGUUGCGUCGGGGUCAGCUGACGAAACGGUGCGAGUAUGGGACGCUGAGACAGGAGGUCAAAUCGGCAAGACGAUGACCGGACACACGGAUUCGGUGAGGAGUGUGUCGUUGAGCGGGGACGGGAAACGAGUUGCGUCGGGGUCAGCUGACGAAACGGUGCGAGUAUGGGACGCUGAGACGGGAGUUCAAAUCGGCGAGACGAUGACUGGACACACGAAUUCGGUAUGGAGUGUGUCGAUGAGCGGGGACGGGAAACGGGUUGCGUCGGGGUCAGGUGACAAGACGGUGCGAGUAUGGGACGCUGAGACGGGAGUUCAAAUCGGCGAGACGAUGACUGGACACACGUAUUCGGUAUGGAGUGUGUCGUUGAGCGGGGACGGGAAACGAGUUGCGUCGGGGUCAGCUGACGAAACGGUGCGAGUAUGGGACGCUGAGACGGGAGUUCAAAUCGGCGAGACGAUGACCGGACACACGGAUUCGGUGAGUAGUGUGUCGAUGAGCGGGGACGGGAAACGAGUUGCGUCGGGGUCACGUGACAAGACGGUGCGAGUAUGGGACGCUGAGACGGGAGUUCAAAUCGGCGAGACGAUGACUGGACACACGAAUUCGGUAUGGAGUGUGUCGAUGAGCGGGGACGGGAAACGAGUUGCGUCAGGGUCACGUGAUAAGACGGUGCGAGUAUGGGACGCUGAGACGGGAGUUCAAAUCGGCGAGACGAUGACCGGACACACGGAUUCGGUGAGGAGUGUGUCGUUGAGCGGAGACGGGAAACGAGUUGCGUCGGGUUCAGAUGACUGGACGGUGCGAGUAUUGAACGCUGAGACGGGAAGUCGAAUCGGCGACACGAUUGCCCAUGAAUGUGAAGGAGGCGUAUGGCCCUUGAACACAUUCGGCAUCGAUAAGGGCAGAGCGUUUGUCGAACAGGGUGAUGGUACCAAAAUCACUCUGGCAGAGCUUGGAAGUGGAUUGGAAACCAUCGCGCUGAGCUUCGAGCGCGGGACUGUUGCCGUUGGUAUGAAGAGUGGUAUGGUUGGUAUCAUGGCAGUUGUGAGUUCGAAUCAUCCGAUGCCGUAGGAGACAGGCCCGUCGCAGCAACUCGAAAGGAGUGUGGUAUCGCACCAGGAAGUGGCCGUGGAGGUGACGCAUUCGGAAGCGCCAUGAGUUGUUGCAGUCUCCGCAUGUAUUAAUCGUGAUAUCAAGCAUGACAAGUGUAAACUAAAUCUUCACCGCCUCGUCAGUAUUGAAGUGAGUCCUGGUGCUUCUGACAUGGACGAAAACUGCGAAACGGUUGCUCAUGGAUGUGAAGGUAUUUGGCCCUUGAACGCAAUCGGCAAUGAUAAUGAUAAGUACAGAGCAUUUGUCGAACAGGGCGAUGGUACUCUACCAGAGCUAGGAGGAUUGCUAACCAUUGCGCUGAACUUCGAGCGCGGGACUGUUGCCGUUGGCAUGGCGAGUGGUAUGGUUGGUAUCAUGGCGGUUGUGAGCCCGAAUUAUCCGAGGCGUUAAGAGACGGGCCCGUCGCCGCAUGUCGAAAGGAGUGUGGUAUCGCACCAGGAAGCGGCUGUGGAGGUGACGCUAUCGGUAGGGCCUUGGCUUGUUCCAUUCUCCGCAUGCCGCAUGUGUUGAUCGUGAUAACAAGCAUGACAAGUACAAACUAAAUCUUCAUAUGGCACUCUGCCUCGUCAGUAUUGAAGUGAAACUCCGUGUGUCAUGGCUCGACCGGUAAGCGGGUAGUCAUCACGUGUGAUGCUUUGCAGCGGCGUAGGCACUCUAUACUGUGGGCACGUACAUGUCAAACCUCCUGCUUCUCUUCCCGAAGCUUCGUGUGCGUGUUUGUUUUUGAUGUCCGGUAGUAGACAUCUGCAACAGAAAUCUGCAACAUGACUGAAGUACUCACACUGCGUCAAGAGCGCGAUUACAGACCAUAUGAGCUCACGAGCAGAGAGACACAAUGAAACCCUUGAACUUGGAUACAAUUUCAUUGCAGUGACUGCGAAAGAAAGCGGUUCUCUUGCCGUCCGGGCACACUUGACAUACUUGUGCGCCUUUCUGCUUCCAUGUGCAUGUAGACUGGUGGAUUGCGGUGAUUGUUUGGUGCGAUGCAGUUCGAGAACUCUCCAUGUGGGGUUGUGCUGUACCGUUCUAGAUAGCACAAGGCCAAGUGGCUUUUUUCAAUGCCAAUGGCCGUGGAUAUCCAACUGAUACUCAUUGCGUGUAUAAAUAUGUACGACGAUUAAUAA